AUGACGGCGGCGGGCUCGGGUGCCAGUGUUCCUCCGGAAGUGCACGAGCCCCCGCGGGAAGGCGAACACGUCGCCCUGCGCGAUGGUCUUGGAGACGAGCUUGUUGGCGGUGCUGACGAAGCGGACGUCGAGCAUGCCGUAGAGCACGAAGAUGAGCUUGGUGGCGCGCAGUGCGCGGCGAGGACGCUUUUGCAGAUGCGCCCACAGCCACAGGAACUCUGCACCAUGAUAUGGAUGGCGGCACAUGAAGAGAUCUGCUAG